UCUCACCGCAUGUGCUUCACUCAGAGCAGGAGCAGCGUGGUGACUGUGAGGAAAACCUUCAGGCUCUCUGUUAGAGAGCGCACAAAGUCUUAAUAUUAACUGAGUCACCGCCAAAAUGCUCGUUUUAUUUGAGACCGCGGCUGGAUAUGCAAUUUUCAAAGUCCUUGAUGAAUCCAAGCUGCAACAGGUCGACAACCUGCACAAGGAGUUUGAAACUCCUGAAAAAGCAAAUAAAGUUGUAAAGCUGAAGCACUUUGAGAAGUUUGUGGAUACAACUGAGGCCCUAGCAGCUGCCACUGCCCUUGUGGAGGGAAAAAUUGGCAAGAGUUUGAAGAAAGUGCUCAAGAAAGUUGUUGCCAAGGAGGCCCAUGAGCAGCUGGCCAUCAGUGAUUUGAAGCUUGGUGGAGUUAUCAAAGAAAAGCUGGACCUAAACUGCAUCCACAGCCCUGCUGUUGCUGAACUGAUGAGAUGCAUCAGGAGUCAGAUGGAGAGCCUCAUCACUGGACUUCCUCCCAGGGAGCUCAGUGCUAUGUCUCUUGGGUUGGCUCACAGUUUAUCCCGUUACAAACUGAAGUUCAGUCCGGACAAAGUGGACACAAUGAUUGUGCAAGCCAUCUCUCUUUUGGAUGAUCUGGAUAAGGAGCUCAACAACUACAUCAUGCGCUGCAGAGAGUGGUAUGGAUGGCACUUUCCUGAGCUGGGAAAGGUCAUCACAGACAACUUGGCGUACUGCAAAGCUGUCCGCAAAAUUGGUGAUCGUACAAAUGUGGCCACCUCUGAUCUGUCGGACAUCCUCCCUGAGGAAAUCGAGGCGGAGGUUAAACUGGCUGCCGAGAUUUCCAUGGGAACAGAGGUGUCGGAACAGGAUAUAGGAAACAUCAGGCACCUGUGUGACCAGGUAAUUGAGAUCACAGAAUACCGCACACAGCUGUACGACUACCUGAAGAACAGAAUGAUGGCUAUUGCCCCAAAUCUGACAGUGAUGGUGGGCGAGCUGGUGGGUGCCAGACUCAUCUCACAUGCAGGUUCCCUCCUGAAUUUGGCGAAGCAUCCUGCAUCCACAGUGCAAAUCCUCGGAGCAGAGAAGGCUCUGUUCAGAGCCCUGAAGACCCGUAAAGACACGCCCAAGUAUGGUCUCAUCUACCACGCCUCCUUAGUGGGCCAGACCACAGCCAAAAAUAAGGGCAAGAUCUCCAGAAUGCUGGCAGCUAAAGCAUCGUUGGCUAUUCGCUAUGAUGCCCUGGGAGAGGACACUAACGCGGAAAUGGGAGCGGAAAACCGUGCUAAGCUGGAGGCCAGGCUGCGGCAGCUGGAGGAGAAGGGAAUUCGAAGAAUCAGUGGAACAGGCAAAGCAAUGGCAAAGGCAGACAAAUAUCAACACAAGAGUGAAGUGAAAAUGUACGAUCCAUCUGGUGAUUCCACUAUUCCCUCCACAUCAAAGAAGAGAAAGUUUGAGGAGAUUGAGGAGGAAGACGCUGGUGAAGAGCCUGAAACACCAGUGGUGAAAUCCAAAAAGCCCAAAAAGGAGACAGUAACAGAAGUAGAAGAAGAAGCAGCUGCAGAGGAGACUCCCAAAAAGAAAAAGAAGAAAAAGAAGGACAAGAAAGCAGAGGCUGAGGAGGAGGAACCAAAGGACGAGGAGGAAGAAGUAGCAGUAACAGAGUCUACAGAAAAGAAGAAAAAGAAGAAGAAAAAGAAGGUUAAGGAGGAGGAGGAGGACGACGAGUGAAAAAGUGGAGAGUGUAUAUAUUUUCUGUCUUAGUCUUUAUGGUAUUUUAGUUUUGUCUCAUUUAUAUGGAAUACGGGCAGUACAGUAUUGAGUACCUAUUUCUGGACUGUAAAAGAGUUACUUUUAUAAAACCACAUCAACAUUGGAUCUCUGCUUUAUACAACUGUGAGUAAGGAGUGCUUUCCAAAUCAAUGCCAUCUAUAGUUUAUAGUAGUUUUUCCUAUUUUAAAGAUGUGUAUUAAGUUUGGAAUCAUGGUUUUUAUGUUGAUCUUACAUUUACACAUCUGUAUCAGACGAAGAAAUUCAGAAAAGGAAAGCGUCCCAAUUCCCCUUUUACUGUCCAAGACUGAACAUCUGUCCAGGUGAAAUAAAAGAUUGUUUUUUUUGCCUGAA